UCUUGAUUCGCCGCCGCGUACACCGAACCAGCAUCGAUUUGCCGCCGGCAGGGGACCCGGCCGGGGCACCUCGCGCCGCGCGCACCCGACGAGCGCUGCCCCAAGGCCGCUCCGGGCAGCCUCGAGACGCCACAGGCGUGAGGCGCUGCCAGACGCGAUGGCCAAGCCCACUCAAACGAAUGAGGCCCUAGGCCUCCGGCACGCCAUGCCUCUGCUCGUGAUCAACCUGGGCGGCGAGAUGCUGUAUGUCCUCGAACAGCGCCUGGGCGCGCAACAAGUCAAGACCGACAAGUCGCAGCGCGUGCUGUGCGACGUCGUGAAAACGAUGUUCUCGCGGCGCUUCGUCGAAGAGUUGUUUAAACCCCAAUUCCUGUAUAAGGACCGGAACGUGCGCCAGAUCUUCGAUAAACUGGCCCAUAGUUCAAUCAUGAAGCUGAACGAGACGAGCAUGGGUAAACUUUACAGUCUGAUGGUCAUGGGGGCGAAAUUUCAAGUGGUAAGGGUAGCGACACCCUGCCAUGUAUUAGAUGUCACUAUUGAGCACCUGGAGCAGCUCAAAAAGAUGUGUGCUUCUGACGUGACCGAUGCGUUGCUAGAUUACUGCUUGGAGUCGUGUCAGACGUGCUACGGGCGGUUCACGCCGGGCGACUGGUGUUUGUGUCGGCAGCAAUUACUAAGCUUCUUUUCGACGCGGAGAGUGCGGGUCUCGAUCUUUCUCCAGCGCGAUUUACAAGGCCAGGACGGCACUUUAAGGUUGGAGCACGGCGGCCCCCUGACGACUGGCGCGCUACCACUGACGAAGACGCAUCCCUUGGCACGAAACUACCAUGCUGAAAACAGGUCGCGGCACGCUCGUCAAUUGGGCAGGAACAUGUACGCGGAGCCACUCCCCGAGGCGAAAGAGGUACCCGAGGUGAAACCCGUCGCGGCAAAGGAGGAGCCGCCGGCGGCGAAGCCGUCGACGGCCUGUCUGGAGCUGAACCUGCUGGCGGACCUGGUCGGCGGCGACGACGUACCGGUGGAGAGUUUUCGGUUGGCGCUCUUCGAAGAUGAACAUGAGGCGGCGUCUCCACUAGUAGACGACGCGCGGAGGAUCGACGCCCGCGCGCAGCGGAAGGGCGUGGACGAGCGCUUCGCGGAGCUCGGGUUCGAUGACGAUGUGAAGAGCGAGGCGAAGAGUGACGACUCCGACGAUUUGCUGGACCUGAUGGACUCGAUUAAGUAAAACCUAG